AUGAUUUCUAAUAUCAACAGCGAAGAUAAAUAUGAAACAGUGCUGAAAUCGCGAUACUGUGGUACAAGCUUGUUAAUGAACAUUUUAAGCGAAAGGAAUAAGGUGACAGAAGAAGCAAUUGAAGAAAUGAAAAAAUCGAAGGAAGUAAUUGAUUGGGGUACUAUACGGAGUGAAGAAAGGCGUGUAAAGCAUGAUGUCAUGGCUCAUAAUUUUGCUUUUGGAAAAAUGUGUCCAAAAGCGAAAGGCAUAAUACAUUUGGGUGCAACAUCGUGUUUUGUUCAAGACAAUGCCGAUUUAAUUGUGCAGCGUCAAGCUAUUGAUUACAUUCUUAAAAAACUUGCAGUCUGUCUUAGUCGCUUAGAUGAGUUUGCUGAAAAAACUAAAGAUAUUGUUACCGUCGGACGAACUCACUUUCAAACGGCAUCAUUGGUUACUGUUGGUAAACGAGCUGCAAUGUGGGCUCAAGAAUUACUGAUGGUUUUUACAAAGCUAGAAUACUUUCGAGAAAAUAUGCGCUUCCGUGGCGCGAAAGGUGCAACUGGAACGCAAGAUUCUUUCAUGGCAUUAUUCCAUAAUGAUGAAGCUAAGGUUGAUAAGCUGGAUGAAAUGAUUAUGGAGAGUGCAGGAUUUUCACAUCGUUUCUUUAUCAGUGGUCAAACAUAUUCUCGCCAACAGGAUUGUGAUCUUAUCAACAUUUUUGCACUGUUAGGAGCCGCAGCGAAGAAAAUAUGCACAGAUAUACGCUUAUUACAAGCUUUCGGUGAAAUAUAUGAACCGUUUGAAACCCAUCAAAUCGCUAGUUCAGCAAUGCCAUAUAAACGCAAUCCAAUCAAAAGCGAACGCGUUAGCAGUCUGGCUCGGAAGUUGAUGAGUGCACCUCAAGAUGUAUUAAAUACACUUGGAGAUCAAAGUCUUGAACGUACACUUGAUGAUUCAGCCAUCAGACGAAUAGUUAUUCCAGACACCUUUCUUCUUGCUGAUGCAAUUCUUACUAUAUUUCAGCAUGUCAUAGAGGGGCUUACUGUUGAUAAGGACAGAAUUGAACAUAAUGUCCAUAUGGAUUUGCCGUUUUUGGCUCUUGAAAGAGCCAUGAUGUGGUUGACAGAGGAAGGCACAGAUCGGCAAGUAGCACAUGAAAAAAUUCGGGAAGUAGCUUUAGCUGCGAGAGAAGCACAAAGGCGAGCACCAGUGGAUUUGGAAAGCAUUUUGGCAGAUGUUUUUUUUGAUAAGAUCCGUAUUCGAGUUGUAGAGUUGGCAAAAUUGCCCAUCAAUUUCACUGGACGUUCAUCAUCACAAACGAUGAGUUUCUUAAACAAAGAGUUGCGACCAGCUAUAUCCAAGUAUUUGAGUGAUGAUCUAAAAACAAAAGUAUAUCUCGACGUUUGA